AGAAAAGGGCCGGGAAGAGAGGGCGCAAGCGCCGUCAACCACCCUGAAGAUAAGUGACGAUCAUGAAGCUCACUGCUGCAAUUUUGUGCUCAAUUGCUUUUGCAACAACUUUUGCCGCAGAUGUCUCAGAAGGACACACUGUCGUUGCUCAAUGCAAGUGCAGCGACUUGGAUGAAUGUGCCGACGCCAUAGCUACAAAGACCAACAACUGCAAGAAGAAGGCUGAAUGCACAAAUUUCUUGAAGGAAAUUGGAGAUGCGACAAAAAUUAUGGCUUGCUUGGAUGCUGAUCACGAGCAGAUGAUGAAAGUUGAGGCUUGCGCCAAGAAGAAGUUGAAUGGAGAACUUGGAUGCACCAACUCCGCUACUCCAGUGAACCUGACUAUCCCUCUUAUUCCAGUAAUCGAGAUUCCAUCAUUGGAAGAGUCUGGAGCAGUUGCAGUCGGAGAGCAAGCUUCGGGCCAAGCUGAGCCACCACUCCAACUUAGACAAUACCUGAUGUGCAUCGAUGAGUGCACUCAUGACGAUAUGGAAGUUAUUCCAGGAAGAAAGAAGAGAAGUCCAGCUACGUGUGCCUUCAAGCUCAAGUGUGCUCUGGCUCCACCAUCCGAUUCUACACAAUCUGCCUAUACCGAGUGUCAAAAAGAGCUCGGCUACGAUCCAGUAAAGGGAGCUGCCGAUUCCUGCAAAUGCCUCAAAUCCGCCGGAGUCAAUAUGACCUGCCCUAACUAAAAUUGAUGAGAGUUCGUUUAACCCCUCACUCCCUGAGUAUUAACAUUUUAUUUGUACAUUUAUGUGAAUGAAUAUUAUCUUGCAAAG